AUGAAGCGAGAACAAGACACUGGAAUCUCCAUCCUCGUUGUCGGGGGUGGAAUUGCGGGUUUAACCUUUGCCAUUGAAGCUCAUCGCAAGGGUCACGAUGUCCGGGUUGUCGAACGACGACUCCGCGGGGAGACUUCCGGCGAAAUGAUUGUCAUUACAACUCCUGCCCUCCAUACCCCAAAGAAAUGGCCGGGCUUCAUGGAACGGGCGAGGCAAGAGGCAGUUGCUCCGGUGGUUAAUAUGAAAAAGUUCGAUGGGGCCCUGAUCGGAUCGUUCCCCAUUGGUGACCCAAACGACCCAUCUCUGGCUAUCUACCGAUCGAAGCUGCAUAACGUGCUCUUCGAGUACGCCUUUCAGCUCGGCAUCCCAGUCGAAUUCUCCGCGACGGCUUCAGAGUUCUUCGAGGCAGACAACCAUGGUGGUGUGGUCCUGUCCGACGGCCGCACUAUCACGGCGGAUGUAGUGGUGGCUGCCGAUGGAGUUGGCUCGAAAUCGUGGGAAUUGGUCAUCGGUAGCAAAGAGCCCCCCAUCAGCUCAGGAUUUGUCCUCUAUCGGGUCACUUUCCCCGUGACACCGGCGCUCGAAAAUCCAGUCAUCGCGAAGGAGUUCGAAGGAUUUAAGGACCGUGCAUUCCUACACGCUGGUUCUGGGGCACACAUGGUUACUUGCAAGUCCGCAAAAGAUAUUUGUUGGCUGCUCACUCGCAGGGAGCACGAUAGUAAUGCAGAAGAAGACUGGGCGAAGAGUACGUCAAUCGACAAAGCCCUCAAAGCCGUCGAGGGCUGGGAACCAUUCGUGACCGAGCUUAUCAAUGCGACACCCAACCACACCGUUCUUGAGUGGAAGCUCAUGUGGCGUAACCCUCAGCCGCGGUGGGCGUCACCUGGCGGCCGCGUCGUCCAGAUCGGUGAUGCCGCACAUCCAUUUCUGCCGACCUCGGCUAGCGGCGGGACUAUGGCCAUGGAGGAUGCCUAUUCUCUGGCUGCCUGUCUGCAUAUUGCUGGGAAGAAGAACGUGUCUCUCGCAACGAAAGUGCACAACCACUUGAGAUUCGAACGAGUGUCUUGCGCACAAAAGAUGGGAUUCAAAAAUCGUGAGGUAUACCACAAUACAGACUGGGAUUUCGUCGCCAAGAACCCGGAGGUAAUGGGCAAGAUGGUCGGAAAUUGGCUGGUGCAUCAUGACCCAGAACAGUAUGCAUAUGAGAACUAUGCCAAAUGUGCAGAGCACCUCCUCGUGGGUGCGCCAUUUGAGAACAGUAAUUCCGUACCUGGCUACGAGUACAAGCCAUGGACUGUCGAGGAGCUUCUGGACGCUUCGGAGCAUGGCGAGGCUGUUCAGGAUGAAGGAGACUGGUCCUAA